CACGCGCCAGCCCGGAGGACAACAAAACUCCUGCGGACACGUCAAGGAGCGAUUCUUCACUCAAGGGGUUUUACAGUCUUCAGCAGGUGAUGGCAGUGUCAGUGUCCAGGGAUCUGACGGUUCAGGUGCUCCAAGAUGUGAAUGUUGUGAAGCUAUCAGACAGACAAAAGGCACUGCGUGCUGCCAUACAGAAAGGAGAGCCCAAGUGUUUGGGGGUGAGCCAGGUGAUGUUGGGGCUGAUGAUCAUAUCCUACUCCAUUCCUUUGCACUUCACUGAGCUUUCUGAUGUGAUCAGCCUCGGGGUUCCCUGGUGGACUGGACUAAUGUUCAUCAUAGCCGGAGUGAUUGCCAUCAUCCUGGAGAAAGAGUGCACCAUUAAGAUUGUGUGGAUGUGUUUGAUGACGAGCAUGAUCUCUGCAGUUUUGUCGGUAGCUGCUGUGAUCAUCUACGCUGUGGACCUGGACAAUUAUAAGACCUGUGAGGAGACGAAUGCAGAAUGUGAUGACGAAUACUACUCCAUGAGACUGAGCAAAGGAAUAAAGUCGUCCCUCCUCAUCUUCACUCUGGCCCAGACAGCCAUCUCUGUUGUCAUCUGCUUCCUUCUCCUCAGACAGAGGCACUUCUUUAAACGAUAUGCUGUCUUCAGUCAAGUUCCUCCACCCAGUCCCUGUCCACCGUCAACAUACUGAAAUAUUCAGCAUCUGGAUGAAAAGUAUCAUCUCCAAAGAUUACGUAUGUUGGGAUAAAAUAUCACUUGUGUUCUUUUUUUUCUACUUUUGGCUGCUCUCUUCUUCAGGGGUCGCCGACACAAAGACUUGUCAAUCAUUUUCACGCCGGAUGUCCUUCCUGAUGCAACCACAGAC